CGCGGCGCCUCUUAGGAGCGGCCAAUGGGAAGGAGCCGUGGGCGGGGCUGCGAGAGGCGGGAGGAGGCGGGCGGGGAAGAAGCCGCCGCCAUCUUGUGGCGGAGGAGCCGAGCGGAGCGGGCGGGACCCGGCGGCGGGGCCUGGACAGCGAGAUUGAUGUCCAGCUCCCCGCUGUGCAAGAAGCGCCGCGUCUCCGGGUCAGCGCAGCCGACGGGCCCCUCCCCCGACCCCGCCCCCACCCCCGGCAGCACCCCCACAAACGGCUCGGCGAUGGCCAAGAACGGUUCGGAGGCCGAGAUCGACGAGGGGCUCUACUCACGGCAGCUGUACGUUUUGGGGCACGAGGCCAUGCGGCGCAUGCAGACGGCGGCCGUGCUGGUGUCGGGACUGCGGGGGCUGGGCCUGGAAGUGGCCAAGAACUUGGUGCUGGGGGGGGUCAAGGCCGUGACCUUACACGACCCCCACCCCGCCAGCUGGGCCGACCUCUCCUCCCAGUUUUACCUCCGCGAAUGCGACGUCGGCCGCAACCGGGCUGAGGCCACGCUGCCCCGAGUGGCCGAGCUCAACACGUACGUGGGGGUGACCAGUUGUACCGACCCCCUCACCCCCCAAUUCCUGGAGGCGUUUCAGGUGGUGGUUCUGACCAACUCUCCGCUGGAGGAGCAGCUGUGGGUCGGCGAUUUCUGUCACGAGCGCGGGAUCAAGCUGGUGGUGGCCGACACCAGGGGGCUCUUCGGGCAGCUUUUCUGCGAUUUUGGGGACGAUUUUGUGGUGACCGACACCAACGGGGAGCAGCCGCUCAGCGCCAUGGUCUCCAUGGUCACCAAGGGCUGCCCGGGGGAGGUGACGUGUCUGGACGACGCCCGUCACGGCUUCGAGACCGGGGACUUCGUGACGUUCACCGAGGUGGAGGGCAUGGAGGAGCUGAACCGCUGCGGCCCGCUCGAGAUCCGCGUGCUCGGCCCGUACACGUUCAGUGUCGGCGACACCAGCGGGUUCAGCGACUACGAGCGCGGGGGAAUCGUCACCCAGGUCAAGAUGCCCAAGCGCAUCCGCUUCAAGCGGCUGCGGGAGUCGCUGGCGGAGCCGGAGCUGCUGGUGACCGACUAUGGGAAGGUGGAGCGAGCACCCAUGAUGCACCGGGGCUGGCAGGGGCUGCACCACUUCACCCAGAGACAUGGCCGCGCGCCCCGCCCCCAGCACGCGGGUGACGCAGCAGAGGUGGUGGCCCUGGCGCGCGCCGUGUCCCCGGGCUCGGCGCUGGACGAGGAGCUGGUUCGCCAGUUGGCGUUUCAGGCCACGGGCGACCUGGCGCCGCUCAACGGCUUCAUCGGGGGGGUCGCCGCGCAGGAGGUCAUGAAGGCGGUGUCGGGGAAGUUCACCCCCAUCCAGCAAUGGUUGUAUUUCGACGCCCUCGAGUGUCUCCCCGAGGAGAACAGGGAGCAGCUGCUGACCGAGGAGACGUGUCGCCCGCGCGGGAACCGCUAUGACGGGCAGGUCGCCGUGUUCGGGACGGGGCUGCAGGAGCGGCUGGGACAGCAGAAAUACUUUGUGGUGGGCGCGGGCGCCAUCGGCUGCGAGCUGCUCAAGACGUUCGCCAUGAUGGGCCUGGGCUGCGGCCCCGAUGGCGGCGUCACCGUCACCGACAUGGACACCAUCGAGAAAUCCAACCUCAACCGGCAGUUCCUGUUCCGGCCCUGGGACGUCACGAAGCUGAAGUCGGAGCGGGCGGCGGCGGCGGCGCGGGAGAUGAACCCGGCGCUGCGCGUGAUUGGCCGCUCGGAGCGCGUGGGGCCCGAGACCGAGCGCGUGUUCGACGACGAGUUCUUCGAGGGGCUGGACGGGGUGGCCAACGCGCUCGACAACGUGGACGCGCGGCUCUAUAUGGACCGGCGCUGCGUUUACUACCGCAAGGCGCUGCUGGAGUCGGGCACGUUGGGCACCAAGGGCAACGUACAGGUGGUGGUUCCGUUCCUGAGCGAAGCCUAUAGCUCCAGCCAGGACCCCCCCGAGCGCGCCAUCCCCAUAUGUACCCUGCGCAACUUCCCCAACGCCAUCGAGCACACGCUGCAGUGGGCGCGUGACGAGUUCGAGGGGCUCUUCAAGCAACCGGCGGAGAACGUCAACCAGUAUCUGACGUAUGGACCCUAUAGAACCCCUAUAGAACCCCCAUAGAAUCCCCAUAGAACCCCCAUAGAACCCCUAUAGAAACCCCAUAGAACCCCCAUAGAACCCCCAUAGAACCCCUAUAGAAACCCAUAGAACCCCUAUAGAAACCCAUAGAACCCCCAUAGCCCCACAGAACCCCUAUAGAACCCCUAUAGAACCCCUAUAGAACCCCUAUAGAACCCCCAUAGAACCCCCAUAGCCCCACAGAACCCCUAUAGAACCCCUAUAGAACCCCUAUAGAACCCCUAUAGAACCCCCAUAGAACCCCUAUAGAACCCCUAUAGAACCCCCGUAGAACCCCUAUAGAACCCCCAUAGACCCAAGGAACCCUUAUAGAAACCCCUAUAGAAAACCCAUAGAACCCACAUAGCCCCAUAGAACCCCUAUAGAACCCCUAUAGAACCCCCAUAGAACCCCUAUAGAACCCCCGUAGAACCCCCGUAGACCCCCUAUAGAACCCCCAUAGACCCAUAGAACCCCUAUAGAAACCCCAUAGAACCCCCAUAGCCCCAUAGAACCCCUAUAGAACCCCUAUAGAAACCCCAUAGAACCCCUAUAGAAACCCCAUAGAACUCCCAUAGCCCCACAGAACCCCCACAGAACCCCCAUAGAACCCCCAUAGAACCCCUACAGAACCCCCAUAGAACCCCUAUAGAAACCCCAUAGAACCCCCUUAGCGCCAUAGAACCCCUAUAGAAACUCCAUAGAACCCCCAUAGAAUCCCCAUAGAACCCUCAUAGCCCCAUAGAACCCCCAUAGAACCCCCAUAGAACCCCUAUAGAAAACCCAUAGAACCCCUAUAGAGACCCCGUAGAACCCCCUUAGCGCCAUAGAACCCCUAUAGAACCCCCAUAGAACCCCCAUAGCCCUAUAGAACCCCUAUAGAACCCCCAUAGAAACCCUAUAGCCCCAUAGAACCCCUAUAGAACCCCCAUAGAACCCCCAUAGAACCCCUAUAGAACCCCCAAAGAACCCCUAUAGAAACCCCAUAGAAACCUCACAGAAGCCCCACAGAACCCCUAUAGAAACCCUAUAGAAACCCCAUAGAACCCCUAUAGCCCUAUAGAACCCCUAUAGAAACCCCGUAGAACCCCCAUAGCCCCAUAGAACCCCUAUAGAUACUCCAUAGAACCCCCAUAGCCCCACAGAACCCCUAUAGAAACCCCUAUAGAAACCCCUAUAGAAACCCC